CUGCUGCCCCGGGUUGCGCCCCGCCGGCGGGUGGUGCUAGCCGCCUUUGGGGUUGUCAUGAUCCUGGUGCUGGUCAUUGUGAUCCCGCUGCUGGCACUGCCACCUCCGGGGGAGGGUCACUACGAAAUGCUCGGCACCUGUCGGAUGAUCUGCGAUCCGUACACCGGCCACCCUCCUAGUACAGUCGGGGAAGCCCUACAGGACCUCAGUGGGGCCCCUCCACCAUUUAUUCAGGGGCCCAAGGGAGACCCCGGGAGACCCGGUAAGCCAGGACCUAGGGGACCACCUGGCGAACCGGGAACUCCAGGAGUCAGGGGCCCCCCAGGAGAGAGAGGUGAGCCAGGAAGAGCGGGGAUCCCCGGAGCAGGAAACUCACUUCCCGGAGCUGUGUCCUCCGCUCUGCCCGGUCCCCGCAUUGCUUUCUAUGUUGGGCUAAAGAGCCCCCACGAGGGUUACGAACUGCUCAAGUUCGAUGAUGUAGUAACAAACCUGGGAAACCACUACGACCCGAGUACCGGGAAAUUCACCUGUCAGGUGCCGGGAAUCUACUACUUCACCUACCACAUCCUGAUGCGAGGAGGGGACGGGACCAGCAUGUGGGCGGAUCUGUGCAAGAACGGGCAGGUGAGAGGGCACAAGGGCAGGCCAGAGCUGGGGUCAUGUACAGGGGGUACACGGUGUAACCAGGCGGGAGAGACGCCAGCUGUAUAG